AUGUCGUGCUCCACAAAGGCUCUCCUCCUUUUUGUCUUCUUCUUGGCCACGGUCCAGUGGGGAAGCACCUUGAAGGUAGCUCAGACCUUCUACGGCUUCCCUGACAAUGAUCCCGCCGGCCCAGGCAUCUUACUCGACUGCGGCCGUGGACAUGAAGCCAGCGGCACGGGCACCUUCGAUGAUCCCCUGACCUUUGCCACUGCACCGGGGUCGUUCGAGGAUUGCGAGGUCAUCUACGAUCCCACGCUAAAGAAGUACCUCAUCCACGAGGACUACUGCCAGUCCUGUGCCACGGAGUGGACCAGCGGCAUCUGGCAUAUCGAUGUUUGGGUGGGCCAGAAGAACUACAACGGAGCAGGUGAUCAGAUCAACUGCGAGAAUAAGCUCACUUCGCCGCCGCAGAAGAAGGGAAUUGGAAAGCAGGGUUCGUCUGCUCCCAAUCCACCUGCUGCUUCCAACCCUCCCGUCAACCCUGCUCCUGUCAACCUUCCUCCUGCCAUUCCUGCUCCAGCGAAUCCUCCAGCCAACGUCCCUCCUAUCAACCCCCCUGCGGCCAAUCCCCCACCUGCAAAUCCUCCCCCAGCGAGUGCUCCUCCAGCACAGGCUCCCCCGGCGAAUGUUCCUCCUGCCAAUCCACCUCCAGUGAAUGUUCCGCCAGUCAAUAUUCCUCCGGUCAAUCCUCCUACAGUUAACAUUCCUCCUCCCAGUCCUCCCUGCCCUCCUUCAGGAAAUAUCCCUCCGGCUAGCAUUCCUCCAGCGGGUGCUCCUCCAGCGGCUCCUCCGGUCAAGAUUCCUGUUUCCGUUCCUCCCCCGGUCAAUACUCCUCCGCCCAAACUUCCGCCCAUUAUUGAUCCCCCAGUCGAUGAUCCUCCGGUCACUGCACUUUCCGCGAAGUAUGCCACUGCAACGGACACCGCAGUACAGGUUUCAAGUACCCAAGAUUGUGUUUAUCCGACUUCCACUGAGCACGACUCCCAAAGGGAAUCCAAUGACGGACAAUGGGCGCAAGCCAGCGCAGAAGGAAGAGACAACGCCAAUGGACGGUAUGAUAUGGGGAGGAGUGAUUGA